GCAGCCCCCGCCACUACACCCCCCAUCAGACGGAAUGAAGUGACGCGUAGCCACUUCACGCGACUAUGCGCUGCAGCUCCCACCGAGUGCUUACUGCGAAUUUUGUUACGAGAGCGCGACUCCCUGUAGCUGCGAAUUCCCCUGUCUGGCGCGCAUCGCGAAGAUGGCUCGCCACAGUCCGGCCGACAGAGCGAGAGGCAGGUAGCAGUGCGAGGCAUAGGAGCUUGUCUGUGCCAUCCGAAGCCCGAUUCAACGAGAUAGGGGUGCAGCAGCUCUCCAGCCAUGUCCACUCGCAGGUCUUCCCCGGCGCAAGCACCGCAGCCCCUCCCGAACUCGUCGCCCUCUCCAAAGACCACCUCACGCGCCAUGACCUGCUGGGCAAAAACCAGGACUCGACUCCGCCAGUCGGGUUCGACCUCCCUACCCUACAAGGCUCGACACUAGAUGAACACUUCUACAAGCUGGGCAUGGCUGCGGCGGAACCGUAUCUGAGUAUGGCGAAGAAGCUGGCGUGGGCGAACCCUCCUCCGAAACCUCGAAAAUGGGUACAGCAGAGCGGCUGGACAAAGUACAACAGCGAUGGCACGACCGAGGCUGUGGAGGCGCCGGAUGAGGAGAUGCUGAUCUUUGAUACAGAGGUCAUGUGGAAAGAGACGUCAUUUGCAUGCAUGGCAUGCGCCGUCAGUCCCACAGCGUGGUACGCUUGGAUAUCGCCUUGGCUGCUCGGAGAGUCAAAGUCAGAUCGACACCUUAUACCCCUCGGCGACCCUUCAAAACCCCGCGUGGUCGUUGGUCACAACAUAGGAUACGAUAGGGCGCGAAUAGCGGAAGAGUAUGAUAUCCGGCAAUCGAAAAAUUCCUUCAUCGACACCAUGUCCUUGCACGUCGCAUCGAACGGAAUGUGCUCCCGACAGCGACCAUCCUGGAUGAAGCAUAAGAAGAGUAGGGAGUUGCGGGAAAAGAUAGCAACCGCGGAAGAGAACGCUGAUCUGUCGCACUUGCUGGACUCUGGCGCAAUACCCGAUGAAGAGGAGGAGCUGUGGAUAAACCGAAGCGCCAUCAAUUCAUUGCGGGACGUUGCGAAGUUCCACUGCAACAUCACCAUCGAUAAGGCUCGGCGGGAGUACUUUGGCGAACUGGAUCGAGCCCGAAUCGUUGAGAGACUAGACGAGCUGAUCGAUUACUGCGCGGCCGACGUCGAAAUCACCCAUCGCGUCUAUCAGAAGGUAUUUCCUCUGUUUCUGGAAACAUGUCCUCAUCCCGUCAGCUUUGCUGCGCUUCGCUUUCUGGCUGCAGAGAUACUCCCAGUGAAUGAGACUUGGGAUGCAUACAUCCACAACGCAGAGGCGACCUAUCACAAGCUUGACGAUGCCGUCAGGGAACGACUGGUCAACCUGGCCGAAAGGGCGUUAGAAGCUAAAGAUAAGCCUGAGGUGUACCAGAACGACCCUUGGCUUAGCCAGCUGGACUGGUCAGGCCAGGAAAUCAGAAUGGUGAAAGGAAAGAAGAAGGACGAUCCACCGAGGCCGGCCGCGCGACAGAAGAAACCGGGUAUGCCGAAGUGGUACAAAGACUUGUUUGCCAAAAGUGACGCCCCGAUCAGUCUAACCGUCCGCACUCGGAUAGCUCCCAUUCUGCUGAAGCUAUGCUGGGAUGGGAAUCCGUUGGUCUGGUCAGACAAGUAUGGGUGGACGUACCAAGUGCCCAUGGAAGAGGUCUUCAUGUACAACGAAAGAGGUUUGAAGGAACUUGAUAUGUCAGAAGAGGAGAAUCUGAAGUUGCGCGACGAUACCCGGCACCGCUAUUACAAGAUACCCCACAAGGACGGCCCGCUCGCACGGUGCGCAAAUCCGCUGGCGAAGGGCUACCUUCAGUACUUUGAGAAGGGCAAGCUCACAUCGGAGUAUGAGUACGCAAAGGAGGCACUCGAGAUGAACGCAUCUUGUUCCUACUGGAUAAGCGCAAGAGACAGGAUCAUGUCGCAGAUGGUAGUGUACAACAAGGAGGUGCCAAAUGCGCCGAAGCUUGCCUCUGCAUCCGGAAAAGGCAGGGUGAAGAAAGUGGGCUUCAUCCUUCCGCAAGUCAUUCCUAUGGGCACCAUCACUCGACGCGCCGUCGAGAAUACAUGGCUCACGGCGAGCAACGCGAAAGCCAACCGCGUGGGAUCGGAACUCAAGUCCAUGGUCCGGGCGCCGGAAGGAUAUUGCUUUGUAGGCGCCGACGUCGACUCUCAAGAGCUGUGGAUAGCCAGUCUGAUCGGUGAUGCGACAUUCAAGCUGCACGGCGGUAAUGCCGUUGGCUUCAUGACGCUUGAGGGCACGAAGGCAGCAGGCACGGACCUACACUCCCGCACCGCAGGCAUUCUGGGCAUCUCAAGAAACGAUGCCAAGGUGUUCAACUACGGGCGGAUCUAUGGCGCAGGCCUGAAGUUCGCAGCAACGCUUCUACGGCAGUUCAAUCCCACGUUGACAGAUGCGCAAACUACAAAGACGGCGAACGACCUGUACCUGAAUACGAAGGGCAAGAAGACGACUAGGAAGCAGCUGCACGAACGACCGUUUUGGAGGGGCGGCACGGAGUCCUUUGUUUUCAACAAGCUCGAGGACUUCGCCGAGCAGGAACGGCCGCGGACGCCCGUGCUAGGGGCUGGCAUCACUGAAGCGCUCAUGCGUCGCUAUCUGACUAAGGGCGGCUUCAUGACGUCACGCAUCAACUGGGCCAUUCAGUCUUCGGGAGUCGACUACCUCCAUCUUCUAAUCGUCGGCAUGGACUACGUCACUCGACGAUUCAAUAUCGACGCUCGUCUCGCAAUCACGGUGCACGAUGAGAUUCGAUAUCUGGUGAAGGAGGAAGACAAGUACCGGGCGGCAAUGGCGCUCCAAGUCGCCAAUGUCUGGGUGCGCGCCAUGUUCUCACAGCAGAUGGGCAUCAACGAGCUGCCCCAGUCUUGCGCAUACUUCUCCGCUGUCGACAUCGACCAUGUGUUGAGGAAAGAGGUGGACAUGGACUGUGUGACGCCUAGCCACAAAGAGAAGAUUCGGCAUGGGGAGAGCCUGGACAUUGCUGCACUCCUCGACAAGGGUGACGCGGCACGACUAGAUUCCUCCAUUGUCCCGAGAGAUGCUCCCGCUAUCGAUAAAUACGCCAACUCCUACGAGCCUCGUGUGCCCGUCAUGGCGGCGUUGGACGGCACCGACUCCACCUCGAUCGCGUCUCUGGCAUACCUGAGAGCACAGAUCACGGGCGACGAUAAGGAGCUCCGUGAAAUCACGAAGACGAUCCGUGCUCCUGUGCCUCGAACUCCGCGAACAAGGAGCAGAGGGUCGAAAUCGUGCGCCGAAGACGAGGAAGCGGAGCGCAGCAUGCACCACUACCAGCAGAUGGCGCAUCUGCUACCGGUCGAGGAAGUAUGGCAGGCUAACAAAUUCACAAAGAACUGGGGCCACACGAAGCCGGGUACGUGGCAUCACAUGCACCCGCGAAGUACGCCGCAUAGACCUGUGCGCGUAUAGGAGGCUCGUCGGAGUAAUUGUUGCGCAGCGUCGCCGUUUGGCAUGGCAUUUGUAUAUAUGUUGUAUGGGAUAUUGUAACGGCCGUAGUCUAGCUUAUUAUACAUACUCUUGGAGAUCUGGAUACUAAUUAAUCUACCGGACGGGCGCAGGCGCGGCGCCUUGGUUGCAUAUACGGCGGAGCUUGGAGGAAGCGGCGCCGGCAAGAUGGAAAAAUGGCGGAUAGAUCGCAAACCUUCCUUGCACUUCUCGUAUCUAGUCUAUUAUAAAAUCAGU